GAGGAGGAAGGGGUGGGAAGGGGGCGGUGGCGGUGGCGGUGUCACGCUUCGUCGCUCGGUUCAGCUGCCGCCGCUACCAGGGGCUCUGUGAGGGAAGCCGGGGCCCGUCCUGCCGCCAGGAUGCAGCGCCGGGUGUUCGUGGUCGGCGUUGGCAUGACCAAGUUUGCAAAGCCUAGUGAGAAGAGCCUUGAUUACCCUGACCUGGCUAAGGAGGCAGGGCAGAAGGCUUUAGCUGAUGCUGGGAUUCCCUAUUCAGCAGUGAAGCAGGCAUGUGUGGGUUAUGUUUAUGGUGACUCGACCUGUGGACAACGGGCCAUCUACCACGCUUUGGGUUUAACUGGCAUUCCUAUCAUUAAUGUUCACAACAACUGUGCUACUGGAUCUACGGCUUUGUUCAUGGCCAGACAACUGGUAGAGGGAGGUUUGGCAGAUUGUGUUCUGGCACUUGGCUUUGAGAAAAUGGCAAAAGGAUCCAUUCCUGCAGGUUUUACGGACAGAACUAAUCCACUGGACAAACAUUUGGAAAUCAUGAUAGAUAAAUAUGGCUUAGCAAGUGCUCCAGUAGCACCUCAGAUGUUUGCAAAUGCUGGCAAAGAACAUAUGGAGAAAUACGGGACAAAUCCAGAAUACUUUGCAAAAAUUGCAUGGAAGAAUCAUAGUCAUUCAACCAACAACCCGUAUUCCCAGUUCCAAGAGGAGUAUACGUUAGAUGAAGUUCUGAAUUCUCGCAAAAUUUUUGAUUACUUGACUGUCUUACAGUGUUGUCCAACAACAAAUGGUGCUGCAGCUGCAAUUCUGGCUAAUGAGGAGUUUGUGAAAGAGCAUAAUUUACAGUCUCAAGCUGUGGAAAUUCUAGCCCAGGUGAUGGUUACUGAUUAUCCAAGCACAUUUGAAGAGAAGAGUUGUUUGAAGAUGGUUGGUUAUGAUAUGACUAAAAAAGCUGCAGAAAAAUGUUUUGAAAAAGCAGGAGUACAACCUACUGAUGUUGAUGUGAUUGAACUCCAUGACUGUUUCUCAGUUAAUGAGCUCAUUACCUAUGAAGCUCUUGGACUCUGUCCAGAAGGAAAAGCAUGUGAACUGAUUGACAGAGGAGACAAUACUUACGGAGGAAAAUGGGUUGUUAAUCCUAGUGGUGGCUUGAUUUCAAAGGGACAUCCACUUGGUGCUACAGGCCUGGCGCAGUGCGCCGAACUCUGCUGGCAGCUGCGCGGCCUGGCCGGCAGGAGGCAGGUGCCGGGGGCGAAGGUGGCGCUGCAGCACAACCUGGGCCUGGGCGGCGCGGCGGUGGUCACGCUGUACGGCAUGGGCUUCCCCCCGGCCCGCAGCACUGGUCGUGUUGCAGCUGUGCCUCUCAGUGCAGCUGUUGAUGGAUUUAAGUCACAUUUGGUCUUCAAAGAGAUUGAAAAGAAGCUCGAAGAGGAAGGAGAGCAAUUUGUCAAGAAAAUUGGUGGUGUCUUUGCCUUCAAAAUAAAAGAUGGUCCUGGUGGAAAAGAAGCAACUUGGGUAGUAGACGUGAAAAAUGGAAAAGGCUCUGUGGCAGUUAAUUCAGAUAAGAAGGCAGAUUGUACAAUUACAAUGGCUGACGCUGAUCUAUUAGCUCUGAUGACUGGCAAAAUGAAUCCUCAGACAGCUUUCUUUCAAGGUAAAUUGAAGGUUUCUGGGAACAUGGGCAUGGCGAUGAAACUUCAGAACCUACAACUUCAGCCAGGCAAAGCUAAACUUUGAACUUGCUAAAGUAAACAGUCAGUACUUGAUACUCUUGACAACAGAUUAGAAUGAAACUAGACAUUGACAAUAUGGCAAAGGCUGGGCUUGAUUGGACCUCUCUCACCUAAAUUCUUUGGUUAGAGACCUUAAUUCUCUUAAUCAAUUCCGUCAGUUUGUAUAUGGCAAAGAUUUUUAGGCUAAGCUUGAGGCACUAACUCUUGCAAAUGGUAUAUGGUGGGUAUCAUGGAAACAACGUUUUUGUUUUAAUCUGUAAAAAAAUUUUUAUAAAAACUUAGAGUUGAAUGAGGCUGCUUAUUGUUGUUCAGGUUAGUUGGGAAGAGAGUGAGGAAGGUUACAGAUAGUUUGACAAAUCAAUUAAAGUUGCAUUUUAAAAAGACUAAUAGCAGGUCAUGCAAAUGCUUUCAGACUCACAUUCUAACAAAUUUGCUGCUGCUUAAAUUAAAAUGGCCUUAUAAAGGGGAUCUCCAACAACAUUUUUUUAGAAUAGGCUUUAUGAAUUUGCUAUAAAAUACUUUUCUUAUUAUGACUUUGGAAUUAAAACAAAACUACCCAAAAUUAGGUAGCAACUAGAAUGUUGCUUUGAGAUUCAUAGCAUUUGAUUAUACUUAGCCCUGAGUAAAGAUACGGUUUGCUAGGAGAGCAGAGAGGGAAUGUAACCAAUAUUUACCUGUUUUCUCCUGGGAAAAUCUGGUGUUGAUCAUUAUGAAUUUCUUAUCAGUAAUGUAAAAGCUUUAACUUUUGUUUUGGGAAAAUGUAUUCUGGUUGGAAGUUUAAUCGAAAAUUAAAUAUACUUUUCCUGUU